AUGAACGCCCAGACUCUCUUCGCAAACGCCACCGUUUCUCGCAUUCAACUCUCUGUUGACUUCUCCGAACCUGGACACUACAUCCUAUAUGCUUACCACAUCAUAUUCUCCACAAGUGCGGUUCUGCUCUCAGGAUCUGUAGUCAUCGGGAUCCUAAAAACGAAGCAUCUCCGAAUUCAGAACAGAUUCAUGUUUAUGCUGAGCACAAGCAUGAGUGACGUUAUUACAGGCCUGUCCGCUUAUUACUCGGGUCUUUUUGACGUUCAAGAGGGAUUCCCAUCCAGAAACGGAACUUACAAUAUUUUACCGUCUUUCCUCGGUGUAAACCUUUUAGUCUUCAUGUUUGCUCAGUUUGAUAGAUACUGCGCCGUGUGUUAUCCUUUCAUCUACGAGCGCUUCGUCUCACGCACUGUAGUCAUUUGUGUCUGUUCGUACUGCUGGUUCCACGCUUGCGUUCUGUUCCAGCUUAUUUUGAAUUUGAUCCCAGUUAUACUAAGUAACAAGCUAUUUGCCUUCAGCAUCGCCAUGUUACAAAUUGUCGUGUUGACCAAUGUGUUGAUGACGAUUAAACUGUUCUUCGUUGCCAAACAUCAAGUUGCACGAGACCCGCCAAGUGCGGAGAGAGACAGCAAGGCAGAGUCUAUAAAGAUUAUAAUAGUCGUCGUUAUUAGUUUUUUAAUCUUCUGGUACCCCGCUUUUAUAAACAUAAUUGUAAAGCAAGUUUCUAAAUACGGCAUUUAUUCUAAAAACGACGGCUCGAACCCGUUUUUAAUACUGGCUCGUUUCAAUGCACUGUCUACUUCGGGGCUAUACAUUUGGGGCAGUCCGUCUUUACGCACUGCUGUGUGGCGCAUCGGCUGGUACAAGGUUUUAGAACAGUGCAAAAGAAGGUGA